AUGAGCUACCGUAUAGUCGGGCCUGCGGUCCUGUUCGCCGCUGCGGCGUCGGCCGCCACGCUGUUUAACACGGCGUCGGUGCUGACUACUUCCUGCCCGCUGCCCUCCGUGUUUACUGUUAGCGGAACACCUUACACCGUAAUCGGAAGUCCCACCCCGGCCGCCUCCGGAGUCCCCAUCGUCACCAGCACCCCUUGCACCAGCAGCAGCCAGUGCAACGGCGGCCAGUGCACCAACGGCGUGUGCGUCAACGGCUUGGGCGUCACCUGCUCCAACAGCAACCAGUGCAACGGCGGGCAGUGCAAUGGCGGCCAGUGCAGCAACUGUAAUAACGGAAACUGCAACAGCGCGAGCUGCUCCACCAGCAGCCAGUGCAACGGCGGCACGUGCAGCAACGGCCAGUGCACUAACUGCCCUAACGGCAACUGCGGCCUCGGCACCAACGGCCUCUACUGCACCAAUACCAACCAGUGCAACGGCGGUACCUGCACCAAUAACCAGUGCGUCACCUGCCCCAACGGCAACUGCAAUGGCGCGACCUGCGCCAGCAGCAGCCAGUGCAACGGCGGCACGUGUAGCAAUAACCUCUGCGUCAACUGCCCCAACGGCAACUGCGGCUUCGGUCAGAGCCCUGUCACCUGCACCAGCAGCGCCCAAUGUAACGGCGGCCAGUGCACCAACGGCCAGUGCGUCAACUGCAACAACGGCAACUGCAACAGCGCCACGUGCUCCAGCAGCAGCCAGUGCAGCGGCGGCCAGUGCAAUAAUAGCCAGUGCGCCUUCUGCCCUAGCGGCAAUUGCGGCCUCGGCACCAACGGCGUCUCUUGCACCAACAGCAACCAGUGCAAUGGCGGCCAGUGCACCAAUAGCCAGUGCAUCAGCUGCCCCAACGGCAACUGCAAUGGCGCCACCUGCACCGAUAGCACCCAGUGCAGCGGCGGCACCUGCACCAACGGCCAGUGCGUCAACUGCCCCAACGGCAACUGCGGCGUUGGCAACAAUGGCGGCAACGGUCUCGGCCCUGUCUCCUGCACUAGCAGCGCUCAGUGUAACGGCGGCCAGUGCACCAACGGCCAGUGCGUCAACUGCAAUAGCGGCAACUGCAACAGCGCCACCUGCUCCAGCGGCAGCCAGUGUGCUGGUGGCCAGUGCAGCAAUAGCCAGUGUGCCAACUGCCCUAGCGGGAAUUGCGGCCUUGGCUCGAAUGGUGUUACUUGCUCUAGCAGCGCCCAGUGCAAUGGCGGUCAGUGUGUGAGCGGCCAGUGCAUCAACUGCCCUACUGGAAACUGCAACAGCGCCACCUGCUCCAGCAACGACCAGUGCUCUGGCGGCCAGUGCAAUAGCGGCCAGUGCGCCAACUGCCCUAACGGAAACUGCGGCAUCGGCACCAACGGAGUGUCCUGCACAGCUGACAGCCAGUGCAAUGGCGGCAAGUGUACUAAUGGCCAGUGCGUUAGCUGCCCUAGCGGAAACUGCAAUGGCGCGACCUGCUUCGCCAGCAACCAGUGUGGUGGCGGCCAGUGCGGCAGCGGCCAGUGUGUCAACUGUCCCAAUGGUAACUGCGGCAAUGGCAUUAACGGCAGCGGCACCGGCAGCGGCAGCGGAUCUGGGUCCGGAUCCGGCAACGGCGGCGGAUCUGGUUCCGGAUCCGGUAACGGCGGUGGAUCUGGUUCCGGAUCUGGCAACGGCGGCGGAUCUGGGUCCGGAUCUGGCAACGGCAAUGGCAGCGGCGGCAGCGGCUCCGGCUCCGGAUCUGGCAACGGUAAUGGUAGCGGCAGCGGAUCCGGCAGCGGCAGCGGCAGCGGUGACAAUGGCAGCGGAUCUGGAUCUGGAUCCGGUAAUGGCAGCGGUAGCGGAUCCGGCAGCGGUAGCGGAUCCGGCAGCGGCAGCGGCAGCGGCAGCGGCAGCGGCAAUGGUGGCAGCGGAUCCGGAUCCGGAUCCGGAUCCGGAUCUGGAUCCGGCAGCGGCAGUGGUAGCGGCAGCGGAUCCGGCAGCGGCAGCGGCGACGACGGUAGCGGAUCUGGAUCAGGCAGCGGCAGUGGCUCCGGAUCUGGCAGUGGCAGCGGCUCUGGAUCUGGCAGCGGCAGCGGCUCUGGAUCAGGCAGUGGCUCUGGGUCUGGCAGCGGAUCCGGAUCCGGAUCAGGCAGCGGCAGCGGCACUGGAUCUGGCAACGGCAGCGGCACUGGGUCUGGCAAUGGCAGCGGCACUGGAUCUGGCAACGGCGGCGGCUCUGGGUCGGGCGGCUCUGGAUCAGGCGUUGGCUCUGGGUCUGGCAGCGGCAGCGGAUCCGGAUCUGGCACCGGCAAAGACGGCACCGUCACCGCUGGCAGCAGCGGCUUGGCAUCCACCAGCUUCGAUGCUCUGCUCAUCGCUGCUUUUGCUGCUUUAUUCAUUGGACAGCAACGUUAA